AUGCAUCGCACUCAGCACCUGCCCCUUCUUCUGAUUGGACUCCUGCUGCUUCCUCACAGCCAGCCAGUCCAAGCAUCGGAGGACACAUCUAACCAAACCUAUAUAGAGUUCUCACCCAACCAAACCUAUACAGAGUUCUCACAGUCGAACAUCUCCAGCUACCAGAUUGCCUCCGGCAAUGCCGACUUUGCCUUCCGCCUCUACCACCUGAUAGCAUCCCAAAACUCUAGGCAGAACAUUUUCUUCUCCCCACUCAGCAUCUCCUUCGCCUUGGCCAUGCUGUCCACAGGGGCUGGUGGGGACACCCAGACUCAGAUCCUUGAAGGCCUGGGCUUUAACCUCACGAAGCUGUCAUUGCCCGAAAUCCAUGAGGGCUUCAGGUUGGUGCAGCACAGGCUAAGUCGUCCAUCCCCCGAGCUGAGCAUCAAGGUAGGCAAUGUGCUGAUCCUGAGCCAGGACCUGCAGCUCCUCUCCGACUUUAUCAGUGCCACCAAAGCCUCCUAUGACAGCAAAAUCUUACUCAGUAACUUCAGAGACACAGAGGCUACGACCCGGCUCAUCAACAACUAUGUCAAGGAGAAAACUCAUGGAAAGAUCAGGGAUUUGGUCAGUGGCCUGAGCCCUGACGAAAGGAUGGUUCUGGUGAAUUACAUCUUCUUCCAAGGUCUGUGGAAGAAACCCUUUCCAUCCUCAAAAGGCUUUGUCGGUGACUUCUACGUAGAUGAGAACACUGUCGUGAAGGUGCCCAUGAUGCUGCAAGAUGAUCAGCAGCACUGGUAUCUUGAUGACAGACAUGUGCCCUGCACGGUGCUGCGGAUGGAUUACAAAAAUGAUGCUGUGGCCUUUUUCAUCCUUCCUCAAAAGGGCAAGAUGAAGGAGGUGGAGCAGGUGCUAUCCCCAGACAUGCUAACAAGGUGGAACCACUUGCUUCAGAAGAGAUACUUUUACAGAAAGCUCUCACUGCAGUUCCCCAAAUUCUCCAUUUCAAAUUCCUACGCAUUGGAUGAGAUUUUGCCUGGCCUGGGCUUCCAGGACCUCUUCACCCAUCAUGCUGACUUCUCUCAUAUCAACCAAGAUGAGAAAUUGCAGUUAUCCAAAGUUUUCCAUAAGGCUGUCCUGGAUGUGAAUGAAGUUGGAACGGAGGCUGCAGCAUCCACUGGUAUCUCGGCCAUGUUUUUCUCUGCUAAGCCCAAGAAACGGGUCCUUGUAUUCAACCAGCCAUUCUUUGCAGUGAUCUAUUCCACCAGCACCCAAAAUAUCCUCUUCAUGGGGAAGGUGUUCAACCCCACAGCAUAG